CCAUCCCACCGCCUGGCACCCGCCACAGAGAGGGGGGCGAUGGGGGGGGGGAUGGAGGGAUGACAUAAAACGAUGCAGAGAGGAGAAGAGAAAGCACGCGCUCAGAGCCCUUCAUGUCAUAUACCUGGAAUAUUUUCGGGACCCCCGCCCCCCUCUCCCCCUUUUCCUUCCCAGUGGUGUUUUUUUAAAACAAGCAGGAGAGCCGUGACUGGCAUCAUCCGAAUCUCUGACAUCCCCCCACACACGGACUCGCGCAGACACGGGGAGCUGGGUUUAUCUGAACAUUUGGACUGCAUUGUGAGAAAUAAGGUGAGAACACCGUGACUCAUUCUAACGUCCACGUACGCGCGCAGCGGACUUCCCACCGGAGGAUUUGUGUCAUUUCCUUGCUGUUCGCUGCAAAGUUACGAAGAAAUCUGGGGACUUGAAUCGUGACAGCAUGGAUGGAUUUGGUGCGUUAUUUGGCGCAUUCGGCGUCCGUCCCCCCCCCAGGAUACGGUGCUGCUGGAAGGUCUUCUUUCUGCUCAGCGUCUUCUUUCGCAACUACCUGAGCUCCUUGCUGGACUGCCCGCCCACCUGCACCUGCUCGCCCACAGAGAUCUUCUGCAAUAAGUCCGACAACAGCAAAUUCUUCCCGCUGCUGUCUUUCCAGGGCGCCGGGGGCGCCGGGGGGGCCGGGAACAGCACCGGGAGCAUCGAGGACCUUUUCCAGAACAUCACCUCCAUACACAUUGAGAACUGGAGCGGUCUGCAGACCUUGAGGGAUGUCGAUAUGGAGCUCUACACCGGCUUACAGAGGCUAACUAUUACCAGCAGCAACCUGCAUACAAUCCAGGCUCGUGUUUUCUCCAAGAACCCCCAACUGCGCUACAUAAACCUGUCCAAGAACCCCAUGUUGACCAUAUUGUCCUGGCAAAUCUUUGAACAUCUGCAGCUCUUCGAACUUCAUUUAGAGGAAGUGGUGUUUGCAUGCGGUUGUGAGAUCCGCUGGCUGCAGCUAUGGCAACAGAGAGGAGAGGCGGGGCUAAGCAGCCAACAGUUAUACUGUGCUGAUGGCUACAGGAAGAUACUGCUGCAGGAUAUGAACAUUAGCAGUUGUGACCUACCAGAUAUCAGCGUCAGCCACAGUAACCUCACAGUUAUCGAGGGUGACCGAGUAACAGCAAUAUGUAAUGGCUCUGGAUCCCCAUUACCUGAGGUGGACUGGCCUGUCAAUGGCUUGCACUCCAUCAAUGCACAAGAGGCCAGAGUCUACGACAACAACACCAUUCAUUCCAUCAACAUAACUUUGGUCAAUGUGAGCAGAGACGACAACAACUUCCUGCUGACCUGCACCGCCACCAACAUAGUGGGCAUGACCAACGCUUCCGUCCAGCUAACUGUUCACUUUCCUCCCUCCAUCGUGAAGCUGAAGGAGCCAGAACGCCGUCAUGACACGUGCAUAGAGUUCACUGUCCGAGGUUCGCCCCAACCGAUCUUACGAUGGUUCUACAAAGAUAAGGAAAUUACCCACACUGAGUAUGUGCGUCCUGAUAUGGAUAUUUAUCAGGACUACAUAGAGGGCUGCCUAACCUUUAAAAAUCCAACACACCACAACAACGGCAACUACACUUUGGAGGCCACCAACUACCUGGGUGUAGCUACCACUUCUGUGUACGGGCACUUCCUUGACAAGCCCUUCGAUGGUCCAGAAACAGAUUAUGAUUAUGUAACCCCGACUGCAGAGACUCACAAACCUGAGGAGGAUACUUUUGGGGUCUCCAUAGCAGUAGGCCUGGCAGGGUUUGCCUGUGUGAUGCUGGUGGUUCUCUUCCUUCUCAUCAACAAGUAUGGACGGCGCUCCAAGUUUGGCAUGAAAGGACCAGUAGCAGUGAUAAGUGGUGAGGAAGACUCUGCCAGCCCCCUUCAUCAUGUGAACCAUGGGAUUAUCAGCCCCUGUACGCUGGAUGCUGGGCCGGACGCUGUGGUGAUAGGAAUGACCAGGAUCCCUGUCAUAGAGAACCCACAGUACUUCAGACAUGGACACAACUGUAACAAACCCACCACCUAUGUUCAGCAUAUUAAACGAAGGGACAUUAUUUUGAAGAGGGAGCUCGGAGAGGGAGCCUUCGGCAAGGUCUUCCUGGCUGAAUGUUACAACCUGAGCCCCACCAAGGACAAGAUGCUGGUAGCUGUAAAGACGCUGAAGGACCCCACUCUUGCAGCCAGGAAGGAUUUCCAGCGUGAAGCUGAGUUGCUGACAAACCUCCAGCACGAGCACAUAGUGAAGUUCUAUGGAGUGUGUGUGGACGGAGACCCUCUCAUCAUGGUGUUUGAGUACAUGAAGCACGGAGAUCUCAAUAAGUUUCUCAGAGCCCAUGGGCCAGAUGCCAUGAUCCUGGUGGAUGGACAGCCUCUGCAGACCAAUGGGGAGCUGGGUCUGUCCCAGAUGCUUCACAUAGCCAGUCAGAUUGCAGCUGGGAUGAUCUACUUGGCGUCUCAACACUUUGUGCACCGUGAUCUGGCAACCAGGAACUGCCUGGUGGGGAAUGGCCUCCUGGUGAAAAUAGGAGACUUUGGCAUGUCCAGAGACAUUUACAGCACAGAUUAUUACAGGGUGGGAGGUCACACCAUGCUGCCAAUCCGCUGGAUGCCCCCAGAGAGUAUCAUGUACAGGAAGUUCACCACAGAGAGUGACGUGUGGAGCUUCGGAGUCAUUCUGUGGGAGAUCUUCACUUACGGCAAACAGCCGUGGUUUCAGCUCGCCAAUAAUGAGGUGAUAGAGUGCAUUACUCAGGGCAGGGUACUGGAGCGCCCCAGGCUCUGUCCCAAGGAAGUCUAUGAUAUUAUGCUUGGCUGCUGGCAGAGGGAGCCACAACAGCGCCUCAACAUUAAGGACAUUCAGAAGAUGCUGUUUACUCUGAUGAAAGCCACACCGGUCUAUCUGGACAUACUGGGAUAGAAAUGGACGUGAGUGGAAAGGAAUGGGAUGUAUUUUAGGUUGGACUAGAUUAUCACUGGAGUAGAAAUGAGUUCACUGGAUCAGAAGGAAAUGGAUUGCCUUGGAGCAGAAGUCUGGCAUGGACUCAGAGCAUAGUAUGUGAUGGAACAGAAACCAUGUAAAUUGGGAUUAGGAAUGUACUGUACCUUGCAUCCAACUGCCUGACAUAAUAGGAUUUAAAUGAACUAACUAAAGUGGAGUGAUGCGUGUUUAACUGGAUUGGAAUGAACUGCAUUACAUUACAUUGAAUCACAUUAUAAUCAAAGGAAAUGUCUUGGACCUUACCUAAAUGGUUGGGUUUGGGCUUGUAUGGUCCAGUCUUGCUCCUUUUCAAAUGAACUCAUGACUAAAAAGUAUUGACUAUGAACUAUGGAUUGCAUCCAAACUGGACUGAACUGGAUGAACCUGAUUGUACUGGUCUGGUAUGGUUUAGUUUUCUUGUCCUAAUAAUUUAGGUACCAUAAUUUCCUAGCCUAUGCAUCCUCAUUUCACCUUGUCUAAAUCAGUACAGCUUUGGUCUAUCCUAGUCUUGAUGAAGCCUGACCUAGCUCGGUAGAGUCUGACUCGGCUUGGCUGUAUUUCAAAUAUCCUGUCCCAGAUUAUAUUUUACAUGUCUUGGGUUUACCAUUAUAAGUGUUUAUGGCAAACAUUCUGAAACAUCUUCAUAAUAUCAUCAUGAUGACUCCCUACAGUUUUGACUACUAUGCGUCUGUUAAUUAAAUCUGUUUGGGUUAAAAUUCAAAUUCUAUUUAAUGACCUACUUUUCAGGUGUGAAACAGUUGUCUGCUUCUGAUGGAGUUUUUCAUUCCAAAGUGAUGAUCAUAAUCUUUGAUUGGUGGUUCUUAGUAAGACCAGAAAGAGAGGAACUGAACUGCUGCAUCAUCUCAUUGUGGAACCUUGGUUGGCAUGACUACUCCAGAUCAGAAUUGUCCUGAUACAAACAUCAAAGAAAGAGGCCAAAAUGCUGACAAAGUAAACCACCUCAUUAUAGACAAUCAAUAAAAAAUAAUCAGGCGGUUCUGGCUCAACUUUAAGGGAAUGCACUGUUCACAUGACCAUCUGUAGGACAGAUUUGAUUUUUCAACGCUGUUCAUUGAAACAUCGAGGAAGUGUGUCAACAAGAAAGGACAUGCAUAUAUCAAGCAUGUCAUGUACAGCAGCCACUGUGUUCUUGUGCUAAUCCAAAGUCAACAUGCUUCAAUGUUUUCAUCUGCAAAGCCUUCAUAGAUACACCUUCUAGUCCUGGUCUCAGCCCACUGAGCUGUUCACUUCUGCAAGAACCAGACCUUCCAAUCCUGAGCCUGGAAGUGUGGCCUGAGUGACUGUCUGUCACCAUAGAGAUGGACCUAAGUGCCUCUUACUUCUUUCUAAACACUGGGAUAAAAAAAAAAUAGUCUUUCAAAAUAAGAGCACUUUUACAUUUUGUUUACCUACUUAAAAAUGUACACUAGCUGUAAACUUUCCUCAUUUUUCUUACAAACAAACCUACUUUCAGCACUCUAUGUAUUGCAAAAAAAACCUCAAAAACAGUAAUAAAAUGAUGAAAAUGAUACAGAAAAAAAUUUACCGUUGGGGGAAAAAGCAAAAAUGAACAAAAAAAAGGUUUUUUUGUAACCUUUGCAGCUUGACAAGAACGUUGAACUACCCAAGGUGAAGUUACAUUUUCUGUUUUACAAAAAAUUCAUAUUCUAUAUAUUUUUUAUUUAUUUUUAUUUUAAAUGAAAUAGUGGAGGACCUCUGCCAUGCUCCAAAGCCAUUGGAAUAUUCUGCCACUGGGUAGGAAAAAUAGGCUGGGAGGUAGCUUUUAAGGAUUACUUAAAAAGAAGCCUUUUCAUGUAGUGUGAUAUACCUGGAUCCAGUCUGACAUCAGAUCCCAGACACGAUUGAGCAACAACAGCUUUAUGGUAACAGAAAGUCGGAACUCAAAGGAUAACGAUUGAGCUACCAGUCAAUGAAGAAAAUCGUUUUACUUUUAAAAAGAAUGUAUAUACUGUAAAUCUCUACAUUUUGAGAUAUGUUAAGUUAUUUCCUUUUCUCGUUUGAUUAUUUUUAGCUUCUUGAUGUGUUUAUGUAUAUGGUUCAGUGAAAGCCAAUAGAUAUUUUGAUAAACUUUCCAGUUAUUGUUAUUAUUUAGUCAUAUAAUGUCUUUUCACCAUUUUAACAAGAUAAUACUUAUUAUUGUUCAUGUUCAAAUUUAUUUUCACAGUUUUGCCACCUGAUUUGCCACCAUUAUGAUCAGAGAAGCACUUUUAUUCUGACACUGCUAUAAAUAUAUAUAUCUCCUCACUCAGCUGAGCAUUAAGAUAUCUGUCUCCAUACAUUUGCUCAUGCAGAAGACUGAGAAUCAUUAUGAUUUAAAAUACACCCAUUUGUGGACAAUGCCAUUAGUCUAAUCUCAUCAGAAAUGAUAAAUCAGGGCAUGGGGUCAUUAGCCAGACAUGCUCUACAGGUUUGAUAGUCUGUCAAAGGCAAAACAUUGGUUCAGUGAGCCCAUGGCUCAGAUGUCUUCAAGACAUCUUGAAACAAUCAAUAAAUAUUGUAUCUGUCUGUUUUUACUCGGUAGUGCAAACCAACAAUCAAAAGGCAGCACUCUGUCCGUUAGCUUGACACACAAAACCCAUACUAAACUGUAGAUGAGUCAGCGUAACAGCAAAAUGACAAAUAUUUGCUCAAUUUUUGUCCUAAAUGAUAGCCAUAACUAUAUGUGUCAUCUGUCUAAAGGUAAAGACAGGGCUACAGUUUUUCUGUCCCUCAGGGUGCAAAGACUAAGAAAAGUUUAGCAUGGUCUGAUAGUUGUGAGAUAUCUACAUGUAAGCCACUGUCAUACUAUUCAGUGUACUGAUGUUUGAUUGUCAUGUAUCUGAUGUUGUCUAAGAACUAGUUUUUCCAAAAGCACCUUUGCGUUAAAAUAAUGACUCACCAAAUUUUUACCUGGCAUUACAGUUGUAAUGGAAAUAAAAAUGUAUCAAGAUUGAACAGAUGCAAACAUCUGUGCUGCCUGCGGAGAAAGUACAGAUAAAUCUGAUCCCAAUGCUUUUAUAAAUCCUGCUAACACCUGUGUGUGGCCCUGGGUUUUUACUAAAUUAUGUACUAAUAAUUCAUGUUAAUGUAUAAAUUAUGACCACAAUGCCAGGAUAAAAUAAGGCCAAAGUUGUCACAGCAGAGGUGCUUGUGUGAAACCUCACCCAGUGUGUAAACUUUCCAGCCUCUUUCUAAGCCCUUUCCUACUGUAUGAUACCAUUACUCGUGUAAUCAUAAUUGGCUGUUUUCUGAUUUAACUGUAAACACAUUAAACAGUUAUAUUCCACAAGUAUGAAUAUUUAUGAAGAUGGAGUUUUAGCAGGAACAUGAAAAUCUUGUAAGCUACAGUAGCUCUUUGGUCCUAUGUGCAACUCAUGUCACACUACUGAUUGUCUGUUGCAUAAGUGGAAAAGACGAGAAUAUAAAAACACACAUCUGGUGGAUCAGAUACUUUGUGGCAUAUACGGUAUAUUGCAUCUUUCUCUCACUGUGAAUGUUGGUCUGAAUGUCCUCCAGGAAGUCAUGUUUUACCAAUAAGGUCUACUAGGUGCAUGUGAGGACCAACUUUAUUAGAACCUUGCUCUGAGUGUUCAUAGGUUUAUGCGCUCAUGUGUAGUACUCUCCAUGGACAUGGCUUAGAAAAAGUGUAUGCACAGUGUUUGUGGUACAGAGCCCUAAGGACCUCGCAUUACGGUAGUUUACUGUGUGCUAACACCCAAUGGUGUAUGCUUCAAUCAGCUAACAGUGUGUGGUACAAUGCACUAAUAUCCAUCUGAGCACCUAAAAACCUAUAGCGUACAUGUCUUACAAAAGUAUUGUUUAACAGUAACAGUUUUAUCCAGUGCUGCUCAUACUAACUGUACAAUCCACCUGGUUGCUAAGUGACCCUGCUGCAUUGUGUUCUCACUCAACAACAAAACUGAGCACCUACAGAGAGUGGGCACAUUAACAUGAAUGCCUAUAAGACAAAAUUCAAUCCAAGGCAGUAGCCAUUCAACAGACACAUUUGUUGAGACUGUGUGUGAAGAGUUGAUUCAUAAGCAUCACAAAAAUGACAAUUUAUUGUGAGUUUAUCAUAAUCGAUUGCAUUAUGUUUCACAGGUGUUCAUUGUAUUGUGUCAACCUGCUGUAUAUUUGCAGAACACAUUGUGUUUUAGCCGUGGGUUUAAUUUACAACAAUAGCAUUACAAUGUAAAUUAAUCCUAAUGUACACAAACGGCUGCUUGAAAGAGGCAAGGUAUGUAACAAGGAUUUUCUCAAUUCUUUUCACAUUGAAAAUAUUCUCCAUGUGAUUCUCACUUCAAUAUAUCACUGGACUUGAUGGUGAGCUUUCCUGUCUUCAUUUAGUUAAUGCAAUGACAUAGCAGAGAUAUAUUUGCAGAAAAUCCUACACUGGUUAGGAAUUUGUGUCCCGACACCUGUUUUUUUUUUUUUACCCUAUCCAAGAUAUUUUGCUAGCAUAACCAAAGCAACAGUUUUGAUUGCCUAACCUCAACUAUAACCAUGAUCUUUUCCCUAACUAGGCAUAAUAAUAAUUUUAAAAAAACUGGCAUUGAAAGUUGUUAAAUUUUGGUAUUGAAAGUAAUCCAGGGUUUGGUAGAGUCAUUCAAUAUUAAACGUUCUGACUGGUAGUCAAAUUCUUCUGACGAAUUGGACUUUCUUUUGCCCAAAUAUGGAGGAUAGAAUUGGUGUACCAGUAUCCCAAAAUCUACAAUGCGCCAGUAUAUUAUUAGGUUUUGAUCUCUGUGGGGAAGAGGCAGGAACUGAUGUUGACCCUAUGGUGAAUCCUCUGUAAACUGUCUUGUUUGGGGAGGUUUUGCCAACUAGCAUUCAGGACUCUAAAGGACUUUAAAUGAGGCAUUCAGGACAGGAACAACCACCAACAGUUUUCUGAUUGAGACCUUCAGAAUUGACACAUUUUUGGCAGCUCAGGACACUUACAUGUCAUACAUCUAACAUGUGCAGGACACAUUCUUUCAAAAGCACUAUAAGCAUGCUGCGUUAGUAAAUGCAAGCUUCCUGGAGGACAAAAUCAGUGCGCAGAACACCUCAAACUCAAAUAUUCAAGACAGACUUAUCACGCUGCUAAAUGUGUCCUAUAUGAUCACAGCCUUAAGCUUUCACUGAGUGAGUCUCAAAUGUGUACUUUAGUACUGGACUCUUUCUUUUUCCAUUCUAUUUAUUCACCCCCCCGAGUAUUUUCCUGCAUCAUGUUUCCUAUACAACGUAUUUAAGCUGAAUAUGUUAAAACCAUGAUUACUCAAUAAUAAGUCAGUGUCUUUCUCUUCUGCUCUCUCUCUCGCUGGGUAAUGUGUUGUAUAUCUGUCUCCAUACUAUAAUUUCUAACUCUAUGUAUUAGAAUAAUUUGACAACUUAUAUAAUGUCUUUUUAAAAAGCUGAGAUGUGGUGAACUUCUAAGGCGGCUCUGUGUAUGAUUCUGACUCAUUAAAAGUUACUUCAUCUUUGAA